AUGCGACUUCUUCACUUUGACCCGUCUGGCAGACUUGUUCUGACAGAUUUUCGCAGUCAAAUCAUCCCACCAUAUGCUAUCCUUUCACACAGAUGGGGGCAUCCCAAUUCUGAGGUUCUCUUUGAAGACAUUGAAAACGGGGCCUAUCACAAGAAAGACGGCUAUCGAAAGAUCAAGUUCUGCGCUACACAGGCGGCCGAGGAUCAGCUCCGGUACUUCUGGAUCGACACAUGUUGCAUUGACAAAUGGAACGUCCACGUAUCUGCACCCUCGACACUUCAACAAAGCGACUGGGAAGCUUCCUUCCGGGAAAGCGAUUGGUUUCGUCGAGGCUGGACACUUCAGGAGCUCAUUGCGCCAAUAUCAGUCGAGUUCUACUCCUGCGAACGACGGCAAAUCGGCGACAAAAGGUCUCUUGAGCAGCUCGUGCACGAUGUAACUAGCAUUCCAAUCACAGUAUUGCGAAAUUGUCCAUUGGACCAAUUUACUACAUCUGAACGAAUGCACUGGGCCAAAAAACGCAAAACUACUGAAGAUGAAGAUAUUGUGUACUGCCUUCUUGGAAUAUUUAAUAUCUCUAUGCCUGUAUCUUACGGCGAGGGAAAGGAGAAAGCAUUAGGAAGACUACUAGCUGAAGUAGGCGAAGCCAACAGCGCACCCUCUAUCAUUCCGUUUUCCCAGAACGAUCGUUUUGUGGGUCAGGAGUCACAGCUUGCUAAACUAGAAGAAAAGCUCUUCAGCGACAAGCAAACCACCACAUUCGCGAUUGUAGGACCUGGAGGAACAGGCAAAUCACAGCUAGCGCUUGAGCUCGCACACAGGACACGGCAAAACAAUCAGAAUUGCUCAGUCUUCUGGAUUGAUGCAAGCAAUCUAGACAGUCUCGAUCAGUCAUAUGCAGGGAUUGCCCAAAAGCUCAAAAUUCCCAGCUGGGACGAUGAGAAGGCAAACCUUAAGCAGCUAGUAAGGCUUUGUCUAGAGGAAAGAGGUGCAAGACAGUGUCUGCUCAUUUUUGACAACACAGAGGACAUAAGCUUAGGAUCUCCAGGGUUAUCUGGACCACAAGCUGCAAGUUUGAUUAGCUACUUACCUCAGUCUGAACUGUGUUCUAUCGUCUUCACAACAACCAACAGAAACAUAGCUAAGAAGCUCGCAUCGCAGAAUCUUGUAGAGCUGCAGAAUCUGACACCUACUACGGCUCAGAGGAUGUUCGAAAAGUACUUGGACGCCGUGCUUUCUGAAAGUGAGGAGCAGGAGGCAAAGCUGUUGCUACAAGAGCUAUCCUAUCUUCCACUAGCCAUUGUCCAAGCAGCAGCGUGUAUCAACAACACAGAAUUAAAAGUCCCCCAGUACCGAUCACAAAUGGGCCUGCAGAAGUAUGAUGCUUUCGAAAACAGCGACGAAGUGACUGACGUCAAGCUAAGGGGCUACAAUAUAAAGAGUCCUAUAGCUACUACGUUGUUCAUCUCGAUGGACAUGAUCCGCAUUGAGAAUCCGAUUGCAGUGAACUGUCUAUACAUCGCCGCCUGCGUAGACUCGAAAGAUAUUCCGCUUGAUCUUGUACGAGCGUACUCACUUGGGAUGGAUGCUGCGGUACAGGUACUUAGCAAUUACAAGGCCGUUACCAGGAGACCAGCUGAGACUGCAUUCGAUGUUCACAGACUUGUGCAUCUCGCUCUGCGGGAGUGCCUUGAAAGUCAAGAAAAACUAGCCCAGUGGACUCAGGAUACUAUUGCAAAGCUACUCCAGGUGUUCCCAGAUCAUGGUCAUGGCAAUAGAAGCAAGUGGGGACGACUACUUCAACAUGCCAAGUGCGCUCUGUCAUAUGGUUGUGCUGAAGACGAGAAUAUUGACUGGCUACAUCUAGCGAGGAAAUCUGCCAUGGCGUUGUACAGUGACGGACGGUAUAAUGAAGCGGAAGAGCUAUUUGUGCAGGUGAUGGAGACUUUCAAGACGAAGCUCGGAGCAGACCAUCCAGACACGAUAGGCAGUAUGAACAAUUUAGCGUCGACAUACAGCAAUCAAGGCCGCUGGGAAGAGGCUGAGAAGCUAAAUGUCCAAGUGAUGGAGACUUGCAAGAUGAAGCUCGGAGCAGACCAUCCAGACACGCUAGGCAGUAUGAACAAUUUAGCGUCGACAUACAGCAAUCAAGGCCGCUGGGAGGAGGCUGAAAAGCUACAGGUGCAGGUGACGGAGACCUGUAAGACGAAGCUCGGGGCAGACCAUCCAGACACGCUGGCUAGCAUAGCCAACCUUGCGUCGACAUACAGAUUUCAAGGCCGCUGGGAGGAGGCUGAGAAGCUAUUUGUGCAGGUCAUGAAGACUCGCAAGACGAAGCUCGGAGCAGACCAUCCAGACACGCUGACUAGCAUGAACAACUUAGCGUCGACAUACAACAAUCAAGGCCGCUGGGAGGAGGCUGAGAAGCUCUUUGUACAGGUGACGGAGACUCUCAAGACGAAGCUGGGAUCGGACCAUCCAGACACGCUGCGCAGCGUAAACAAUCUCGCUUUUACGCGGAAAUCACUUGGAAAAAACAAAGAGGCUCUUGGAUUGUUGAGAGAAUGCGUACAGCUUUCCCAGCAUGGGUUUAGAGCUGAUCAUCCUGAUUUGGUAUCUUACACAGAAUCGUUAGCUCAGUGGGAGGCAGAGCCUCAGGCAGUUGUCAAAGGCAAAUGUAUAGUAAUGUAA